AUGGGAAACAAAAUAUCUCGUCAAAUUGCGAAGAGAAAAAAAUCCACACGAACUAAUUCAUCUGGAGAAUCAUCUAGUGAUAGUAGUUCAAAUAUUCAAUUAACGCCGCAAUUGAGGACUUUAGCCGGUCGACCUUAUUUUGAUGAAAGUUUUUCUUCAUAUAUUCUUCCUGCAGAUUGGGAAGAAGCUGAUAGAGUUCAAGCGCUUCAUUUCGUUCUGAAACACAUGUUUAAUGGAAAUUACUGUGCAAAACUUUCAGAUAUUAUUAAGCCUGGAACACAAGAAUUUCCCGAAGCAGAUGUCUAUGGCAUAGACAUAGCAUCAUCUUUCCCAAACCAGAUAAAACCUAACAAUUGUCAUUUUCAAACAUGUGACAUACUUGAAGGUUUACCAUUUGAUGAUAAUGAGUUCGAUUAUGUUUUUAUGAGAUAUAUGAGUGUAUCGAUAAAGAAAGAUCAAUGGCUGUCAGUGUUAAAAGAUAUAAAGAGAGUGAUGAAACCUGGUGGUGUUAUUGAAAGUGUAGAGCUUAAUUCUUUUCCAUACUCAAUGGGUCCGGUUAUGAUUCAAUUUAUGAAUAAAAUGAAUGAUGCAAUGAUCGAAGUUUUAGGUAUGGAACUCCAAGUUAAACUUGAACCGAUGUUUAAAGAGUUAAGUUUUCAAAAUGUAACUAGCAUUAGUAAAUAUAUAUCACUUGGAAAAUGGGAUGAAAAUACUGGAAAAAUUGGUCAAAUAUGGACUACAAAUACGUAUCAAAUGGGAGAGUCGGCUAAACCAAUAUUAGCGGCAGCGAUGAACCUAACCGAGGACGAAUGGGAUC